AUGCAGCCACCUGCUUGCAGUUAUCCUCUGGAAAAGGACGAAGACACACCCGAGGAAGAGAGGCACCUGAAGGCGGAACUGGAACAACCUCAGUGCGGUCGGGAGAACAGCAACUCUGACGGCGUCCCCUGGAAGCUUCCAGCAACCGGGCCUCUUAGUGGCGUGGAGAAGACGGAGCCAUCCUUCCCAGAGGUGCAGCGCCCAGACUGCGGGCCCUCUCCUCGACACCCCCUGGAAAGCCUGUCCAAGAAGCACUGUCAGAACCAGGGGAAACUUCUCCACUUUGACCGGCAAGCCCCGGGCCGCGUCUCCACCUCGCCCACACUGAGGAGGUUAAGGGGCCGCAGCUGCGAGAGUGUGCGCGGGUUGCGCACCGCACUGCGCAUGCGCCGCCUCAGCCGGCGGCCUUUAAAGGGCCCGCCUGGGGGCAGCUGCAGGGAGACUUCCGGCUCCUCCCAUUGCUUUUCCAGCGGGCUAUUUGAAAGCCCAGAGGAGUCUUCGCACUCCCUGUGGCCCCUGAGACUCCACUCAAGAUUGCCUCCGGACCCCGAAAGGGCACUCAACGCAGCCGACUCGUUUGAGCUCCAAAUGGCGCCCAGUGAUGAGCUUGCCCUUCCCGUGCCUCAGCCCCUCAACGAGGGGUCGCUUCCUCAGGCCUCCCUUCCACGGAGUGGAGGCCAGCCAGCACCCAGCCGCGCCCCACAGCUCCCCAGGCCUCAGAGAGAAGAAUUGCAUCAGUCCAGAUUCUACGAGCACAGGAGGAGUUCUGUGGUGCUCAACUCAUCUGGACUUGAGGUGUUCCCCAGGGACCUUCUGGUGUCAGAUGGAGCUGCCAAUUACGUGUGCCACCCGCUUCUGCUGCUGAAUUCAGAAUCCAAAAAGCCAAGAUGGCCUUUCUCCAAGAGAGGAGUGGGCAAAGACAAACACAAGCACAUCUGCCUCUCCUCUUUGAAGGUUACAGACUUCAGGGACUAUGGGUUCCACAGACUGAAGGAUAAGACCUGGAAUGAAGUCGUGGAAACACAUCAGAAACUUCCUACUAAUCAAUUAGACUUAAAGCAGCAAGAGGCUGUGUGGGAACUCUUCACGAGUGAAUGCACUUAUUUCUUGGACCAUUUAUUAGUUCUUAAGAUGAUCUUCAUGAAUACAUUAAAAUACCUACAGACUCAUGACUAUCUCCUGGAUGUGGAUUUAUGGAGACUUUUUGCAAACCUGGAGGAGUUAAGUCAGACAAGCUUUGGUUUUGUAAGUCUUUUCCACAUCUUCAAGGACUAUGUCGACACUUCUGAGACUUUACCAUCGUUGGAUUUCAUUUCUGUGCUCACAAAGUAUUUCCAAGGAAGCCUGUGUCAGAGCCACCAGACCUACUGCCUGAAUUACUCAGCUGCUGUCUUUUAUCUUGAGAGUCUGAGGCAGAGAGGGGACUUCGGAAUUUAUUUAAAAUGGUGUGAGGACAAUGAACAGUGCAGAUGCCUUCACCUACCUGAGCUCCUAGUGGCCCCACUACACAGGCUGACUCGAUACCCCUUGUUGCUGAAGAGCAUCUGGAAAAGGAGUACAGACUCUACGGAGAAAAUCAUGAUCUACUCCAUCAAGGAAAAGGUGGAAAAGUCAAUCUGGGAUCUUGAAGGAAAAGUGAAGUGGCUUGACAGUUUUCAAAAAUGCAGACAUCUACAGGAGAUUAUAGUGUGGCCUCCACUUUGGGAUAGAGAGAAGAGGUUUUUCAUUCCAGAGUGCCUGAAACACGUUUUUAAAGAACACAUGGCAGAAAACAUCCUGUCAGCAACCAACAGACACCUUCUCUAUGAAGGAAAAUUAACUCUUGCAGAAAGCACAAGAUUCCUAGAUGUUUAUCUGUUUCUCUUUGAUGAUUUCCUCUUAGUUACGAAAACUAAGCGCAACAAAAAGAAACUUGGAGGCUCAGACCCGGGUUUAAUGUGCCCUUCACUUAUUCCUGAGCUACAAACAGCAAUCAAAGAAGGUGGUUCAUGUAUGGUACUCGAUCAGCCCAUUCCACUAGACAGAUUGGUUGUCAGAGGUCUCGAUCCACUCCACAUGUCAGUCUUUGGGCUGAGAAACUCUUUCCUCAUACAACAUGAAAACAGCUAUCAACAGUGUAUAGCAGCAUUCUUAUUACAAGCCCAAACAGAAAACAUCAAGAAAACAUGGAUUGCACAAUUAACAGCAGCAAUCUCUUGCUUCACCAAGAGUCAGGAAACCAAGAUGAUGUCCAUAUUCACUUUGCCUGCAGAAUCCUCGGAAAUUUAA